AGUUAUGUUGUUCCUUUCAUUUCUUUGCGUUAUAUUUUGACUAUAUUAAUCCCAAUUCAAACGUUCCCUAAGUGAAGAUUUGAGUACAGACGAGACCGUAUAAUCCAGGAUUCUCAAAGUGGGGAUCCACAUGGAUCUGUAACGUACACUAUGUAGACUCCAGACCGUCACACCCAUAUGUGUAAAUUCCCAAACAAUGUUGGCUUCUUUCUUUCCUAUUAUAAUAUCAUCCACUCUUCUGAGAAGGCUCUACUGAGUGAGGAGGGCUGGGGUACAGUCAGUGUUCCAGUUCAUCCCAAAAGUGCUUACAUUUUGCACAGGGGCAUAGUCAUAGUUACAGCAUUUGUUAUGUUUUCUCAACUACUGUGGCAACAGUUUAGAGAAGGUCUACAUAUGGAUGUGUUGACAAACAAACAUUUGGCUGUAUACACCGAUAAGCCAUAACAUUAAAACACUGGCAUGGGGGCAUGCAAUCACAUUAUCACCUUAGAAGGGCACCUGUGAAGGGGUGGGAUAUAAUGAAGUUGAUGUGUUGGAAACAGGAAAAUUGGGCAAGUGAAAUAAUCUGAUUGACAAGGGAUUGCUAGGCAGUUUGUCAGAGCUUUACUUAACCUUGAUGAGUUCAAGGUGUUGAUUUGGUCUCCAAAUUCUCCAGAUCUUGAUCCAAAGGUCUGUGGGAUGUGCUUUACAAACAAGUCUGAUCCAUGGAGCUUCUUCUUCAUCUUCUUCUUCUUCCAGCCUUUUUUAUUUACCCUUUAUUUUUAAGGGUACCCUUUAUUUACCCUUUGUUUCCAUUGUCAGGGGUGGAUAUUACUAUCAACUAGCAUCAAGAAUGUUAUGUAAAUUAUAGUUGUAACUCUGACUGUAAUUGAAAAGAAGUAGAUAUAAUGUUAAUAACUGUAAACUAACCUAGAAAUUUAUUAAAACCAGAAAGUGCUGUUUAUACAUCAGGAUGAGCAAAAUACUCCAGUAAUUUGAUAAGAAUCAUGGUUGUUAUGGUAUUUUAUUAUGCUGCAUGGUAGUUAUAAGGCGUCGUUAAUAAAUAAUAAUUCAGCAGCGCUCUCUGGCUGCAAAAACUUUGAAGAACCCCAGCUUAAUGGAGAUACGUCUAACUCAGGCGCCCAAAACCAUGCCUCUACGUCAUAUGUUGGCGACGGCAAACGCCGCACGACCUUCUAGCAAGGUUUGACAGUACAAUGUGGAGUUGAUUAGAGCUUGUGUUUAUCCGGUCACAAUUAUGUUUCGUGUUACUUUCACACUGUGCGUUAGAGGCAUCUCUACACGGCUGAUUUCCUCUGUGUCCGGAGAAAGCACUCUUCCGUCAAAUUUACGUCUCCCAGCAAAUCUAAUAGGGGCUCCGAGACAAAAGGCAAUCCUUCCCAGCGGUUCUGAUCUUCCAGUCCUGCGCAGAUGUGAUGAUAUUCCAUCUCACCUCGCACCCGUUCAGACGUGGCUGCACUCCUUAGGAAGUUAUGACAGUGAGCCAUUGGGGGUUGUUGAUCUACAUCCUGAUGUGUUUUCUGUGCCGGUCAGACUUGAUAUACUCCAUGCUGUGGAGGUCUGGCAGAGGAAUUUCAAAAGAAUUAGCUACGCCAGUGUGAAGAGCAGGGCAGAGGUCAGAGGAGGAGGCAGAAAGCCCUGGAAGCAGAAGGGAAGCGGACGCGCUCGGCACGGAAGCAUUCGCUCCCCGUUAUGGAGAGGAGGUGGAGUUGCUCAUGGUCCAAGAGGACCAAACAGUUAUUACUACAUGCUGCCUAUGAAGGUGCGUGUACAAGGACUGAAAAUCGCAUUGACUGCUAAACUUGCACAGGAUUAUCUUCAUGUUAUUGACACGCUGGAGAUUCCCACCCCAGACCCACACUAUCUAGAGGAACUGGUGAAACACAGGCAGUGGGGGGAUUCAGUCCUGAUUGUGGAUGUUGGGGAGGACUUCUCUCAUAACAUUCUACAGGCCACAGCAAACCUGAAGACUGUAAAUAUCAUUCCAGCCAUAGGCCUGAACGUUCACAGCAUGCUGAAACACGAAAGUCUGGUCCUCACGCUGGAGGCUGUGAAGUUUCUAGAAAAGAAGCUCCUGUGGCACGACUCUCGCUUCACACCGCUCUACCCUUUCAAACUGCCCUAUAGUGACAUGCCAUGAACGUCAAUGUAUUAAAAAAACAUUUAUUUCAUAAA